AUGUUCCCAGGAUCAGGUAGAUACACGUACAGUGGUGGACAACAACAACAACAACAACAACCUCCUCAAGGGUACUACGCCCCACCUCAAGGUCCACCACCAGGCCAAUACAAUAACUAUGGUCCGCCAUCGGGUCCACCUCCUGGACAAUACGGCAACUAUAGACCGCCAUCGGGUCCCCCACCAGGACAACAACAACAAAACUAUGGCUCCCGCGCACAACCAGGGAUGAAUGGUGAGCCCGAUUAUGGACACCAGUAUGGAUCUGGAAGUUAUUCACAACCACCAACUAAUCAACAAUCAUUUGGUGUCGAAAAUUACAAUUAUCAAUAUUCUAUGUGUAAUGGUCGCAAGAAGGCCUUGCUCGUAGGAAUCAAUUAUCUUGGUUCGCAAAAUCAAUUAAAUGGCUGCAUCAAUGACGUCAAUAAUGUUGAACGAUUUUUGGUAAGCCAUGGAUUUAGUGAGGAUAACAUUGUCAAGCUAACUGAUGAUCAACGCACCCAACGUGCUAUUCCAACCAGACAAAAUAUUUUGGAUGCUAUUCAAUGGUUAGUUAAAGAUGCUAGGCCUAAUGACUCCCUUUUUUUUCAUUAUUCGGGUCAUGGUGGACAAACUGAAGAUCAACCUGACCAGUAUGGAAACUAUGAUGAGGAUGAUGGAUAUGACGAAGUAAUCUACCCUUUGGAUUUCCAAACAAAUGGGUUUAUAAUCGACGAUCUUUUACAUGAUAUGUUGGUUAAGACGCUACCACCAGGAUGCAGAUUGACAGCAUUAUUUGACUCAUGCCACUCUGGUUCCGCUUUGGAUUUGCCAUAUAUGUACUCCACAAAAGGUGUAUUGAAGGAACCGAAUGUUAUGGCUGAAGCAGGUCAAGGAUUGUUACAAGCAGGUAUGUCAUAUAUUUCUGGAAACAGGAUAGAUAUGGUCAAGGGGUUAGGUUCAGCAGUCAAGAGCUUUAUGAACAAAGGUAGAGCAUCAAAAGCAAAUGAGUACAGCAAGCAAACCAAAACGGCCCCCUGUGAUGCCAUUUCAUUUAGUGGAUGCAAAGAUAAUCAAACAAGUGCUGAUGCUAAGGAAGGAGGACAGUCCACUGGUGCAAUGAGUUAUGCUUUUCUUACAGUGAUGAAUCAGAAUCCAAAUCAAUCAUAUUUGAGUUUGUUACAGAACAUGAGACAAAUUUUGCAAUCAAAGUAUAGUCAAAAGCCGCAAUUGACUUCAUCACACCCAAUCGACUGUAAUUUACAAUUCAUCUUUUAA